CUGUUAAUCUUAUCUUCUGCUGGUUCGUGUGACAUGUUUCCAGUCUUGACCAAGUACUAAUCUGUGUCUUCAACGAAGAUGGUCAGUGUGGUAUUCUGUUGUCUGGCAGUUGCCAUAGCAGCAUGUGAAGCUGCUCUGUAUGUGGAGCAGGCACUACCAUUCCACAAUGGCAGUCUGGCAACCAGAUACUUCGAUGUGGGUCAUCAAUCGGACUCGAACCUUAACUCCAUGGUGUUCUACCCGACCGUUGCGGGUACCUAUCCAGUCUUCUUCUUCAUCCCCGGAUUCAGAGGCAUGAUCCCUUCCAAUAUGCACAAGGAUUAUCUCAGCGGGGUCGCCAGUCAUGGGUAUGUCGUGGUCAGCACAGAUCACAUUGACUUUGAUUCCGUGGCCGCCAAAACUACACACUUUACAAAGCGAUUCGAAUGGAUGAAAACAAACUUGAAUGGUUUGUUAACAUCUAAAUCUUCUGGGGUUAAGGUGGAUUGGAAUUACAUAGCCAUGGGGAGUCAUUCAGCCGGAGCAGAGAUCAUCAUAGCCAUGAUGAAACAAAACAGAGAUAAUGUCAAGGCUGCCGUAUUCCUGGAGCCCAUGGUAACCGGCCUGUCCACCCCGAUUACCUUCCAUCUGCCCGCGCUCAUGUACGGUACCGAGCUUGCCGAGCAAGGAGGAUUCCUGCUCUUUCCGCCAUGUGUUUUCUCACAGUUCGACUACAAACACGUUUACGAUAACUGGACGCCAACCAAGGUCAUGAUAGAAUCAAAGGGAUACGGUCAUUGUGAUAUUUUGGACAAGGCCGGGUAUAAUCUCUGCUCAACAUUGCACCUGUGUCAGAUGCACAGGGGCGUGGACUUACACGUGUAUCAGCGCUACCUACAGGGUAUCACCACCGGCUUCCUCUCCGCCAACAUGCUGGGCCGAAACGACGCGAUGAAAUACGUCAUUCAGAAAGAACUGUCACCAAUACCACUGCUCCAGCUUCAAUACAAGCUAAAAUAA